UUAACGCCUUCCAACAGGGGUAUUGGCCAAAUUCCCCUCUUUAAUUGAAGCGUAGUUGAGCGUGCUAGGACUUAUGCGACCAGAGUAUUGUUACUUGUUCCGAAUUAAAAGUGAUUACACCAAAACUACUAUCGAUUUUGUAAUUUUCCAACAUUCCUUCCCAUUUUCCCUGUGUUUUCCGUGCUCUCUAUGUUUAGCCACCUUUGCCACCGCCAUUUUUAAACAAAACCUCAAAAAUUCCUUACCCAGAAAAGGCCAUAGAAAAUCACAUUAAUGGGAGGGUUUUGGUGGUGAAGAUGCCGAGUAAGUUUCCGAGCACAUUCUCUGACUCCAACGAGGGUUCUGACCCCAACGUCACUGAUCAUGCCUGGCCCGUACCCAUACGUCUUAUCUAUGGAGAUAACAACGGAAAGUUCAGGAUGGACCCAGAAGCCAUGAAUGCGCUUCGACUGCUUAAAGGCCCUGUGGCUGUCGUCUCUCUCUUCGGCCAUGCCCAUCAGCGCAAGAACUUCAUUUUGAGUCAUGUAUAUUUUUACAGUUCGGGGUGUCGGUAUCUUGCGUUUGUUUUGUUUGGUUACUGGGAAACGCUUCUUGAUAGCAGUGGUAGAUUUCCAGCUGCAUCCAUCCAUCGGUCAUGCAGUGAAGAGCUUUGGAUGUGGAGUGCACGGCCAAAGAGGACUGCAACUGAUGGAACCGAAUACACUCUUUUACUCCUAGACUGUGAAGGAAUUGUUGCACAUGAGAAAUUGUUUCUUGGGAGCAUGCUAUCAGAAUACGAAGCCAAAAUACAUGGCCCAGAGAAAUGGCAGAAGCUCUCCUACUUCCUACAGCAAAGUUUGCAGGGUUCCAUACUUAAUCUUGUCAAAAAGAAAAUAGAGGAAGUUGAAGCAUAGAGGAGUGGCCUCAUGUUGAAACUCAACUCACAGAAAGAUAAGAUUGAAAUACUUAAUAGGCAGCUGGAAGGGAUUGAAAAGUUGAAAACUGAAUAUCAAAAGCAUUAUGAGAGUGCUAUUAUUGACAUGAGGAAUAUUGAUGAUUGUUAUAAGACUCGCUCUAUUGAUUUGAAGAGUAAGUGCACCUUGUUGGAGGAGAAAAUAUCUUCUUUACUGGAGAUGCUGAACUCUUCAAAGCAAGAAUCUUUUGAUUGGAAAAUAAAAUAUGAAGAAAUAUUGUGUAAGAAAAAGAUUGAUGAUGAGAAGGCUUCUGCAAAAACUACUCUCUUCAAGUCCUUGAGCAAGACAACUGAACUGAUAGAGGCUGAUGGUGAUAAAAAAGGUCAAUCUGCCCAGAAGGCAGCUGCUGAGUGGAAGCAAAAAUAUGAGAAUGCUGUUCGAGAAGCUGAAGCUGCUCUUGAGAAGGCAACAACAUUGCAAGAGUGCACAAAUAAGCAGGUGCUAGUCAGAGAAGAAGGUCUAAGGGCCGAAUUCUCCAGCAAGUUGGCAGAAAAGGAACAGGAAAUUAAGAAUAUAGUGGCAAAGCUUCAGUAUUCUGAGCAACUGUCUGCUUCAUUGAGUUUAGGGUUGAAGAAAAUCUGCUUGAUAUGUAUUGUUGGGCCCAGUUCCUAUAAGCUAUACCUCUUGUAAUUAGUGGUGAUUUAACAUGGUACAAGAACCUUGGUGAAUGAGAGGCUGCUGAGUCGAAGCUUCUUACUAUGAUUUAGAGUCAUCCACCCUGAAAAAUCAAAUCAAACGGUUGGGGAACACAUUCAAGGAGAUGGAAGCAAAUGAUCAAUCCAUGGAAUGGAAAAUUGAAAUGCUAGAGGAGGAGAAAACCCAACUGGAGCAGAAGCACUUCUCUGAGCUAAAACAAUUUGGAGAUGGAAGCAAAUAACCAAUCCAUGGAAAGGAAAGUUGAAAUGCUAGAGGAGGAGAAAACCCAACUGGAGCAGAAGUACUUCUCUGAGCUAAAACAAUUUAAGGAAAGGCACAGACAUUGUAAUGUUGCAGAGAAUAAAGUUGAAAUAGUGAAAGACAUUCUUGAACCACAUACUGAAGACGUGAUUGCUCAAGAUGUAAAGAAUAUCAUUCAGGAGCAAACAACUGAAACUCUUUCUAAGAUCACUGGUGCUGGAAAGCAUGUAGGAGGCUUGGAGGAACAAAACAAGAAUCUGGUUGUUGAACCAGAGAGAAUCCAUGUUUCCAAAACAGGUUCUCUAAGGUUGCUUUAUUUGAAACAAUGACCAAAAUGAGAAAGGAGGCAGAAAACAAGAAUCUGGUUGUAGAACCAGAGAGACUCCAUGUUUCCAAAACCUGUGUCUCUAAGGUUGCUUUAGUUGAAACAGUGACCAAAAUGAGAAGAGGAGAUAGAAUCACUUUUGAAAUCAAAUGAUGUGCAAAUAUUGAGUUUGAUCCAAUUUUAUGAGAGCUUUUUGCAGUCUGAACGUGCAGAAAAUGCUUCAGCAAAGUGCAAGGAAGAAUCUCUUAAGCUUCAGCUGCAGUCUAUGUAGUUAAAACUGGAUUCACUUCAGCAGGAGUUAAAUUCACUACACUUGAUAGAAAAUCCGGUGAAUUCUGUGUUGAAAUCUACUUCUGGGAAACAUUCAAGACCAGAGGCUCCCAAUUAUCCUAUUCAAUAAGUUGAUACUGAUGAGGAAAUGACUGGAGCAGGGAAGAGAUCCAAGACUGCUAUGAGCCCAAGAAAAUGCACUAGUUCAGGUGCCACAGAUUAUGCUUUCGAGGCUGAUGAAAAUAAAGAUGCUAGCCAGGAAAAUGAAUUUGUGGACUUUGUAAAUAAAGAUGCUAGCCAGGAAAAUGAAUUUGUGGACUAUACAAAGUUUACUGUGAAGAAGUUGCAGCAAUAGUUGAGAAAUCAUGGUUAUGGUUCUCAAUUGCUUGAGCUGAAGAGUCCUAGGAAGAAGGAUAUUCUUGCUUUUUACGAGAAACAUGUCCUCCAGAAGUAUUGAUGGCAAAAUCUAAUUUUUAUAUGCCACGGAGUUCAAUUUUUGUCUAAGAGCACUACAAUGAUACAGUAAAAGCAUAGAUCUAUCAAGAAUAAUCAUUUGGAGAUGCUCCAUAUUCACCUGUAAAGAAGACCCUUUCAGAAUCUCGAACUUGUAUAUUUUGUUAUCUAAGAAGAGGUAGAUAUUGCUCCCAAUAGGGUUGCUAUAA